AGGCGGGGCUGGCUGGGGGACAGGGUGGCCUGGAAAUAAAUGCCCAGCCUGAGAGGGGGUGAGCUGACACUGUCCCAGCUGCUACCUAGAGGAGACACUCCACUCAGAGUCCCAAGGAAGACAUCACAGGUUUGCCAUGGCCAUGCAAAAAAUCUUUGCCCGAGAAAUCCUGGACUCCAGGGGAAACCCCACAGUGGAGGUGGACCUGCACACAGCCAAGGGUCGGUUCCGAGCAGCUGUACCCAGUGGAGCGUCCACAGGUAUCUAUGAAGCACUGGAACUACGAGAUGGAGACAAAUCACGAUACUUGGGGAAAGGAGUGCUGAAGGCUGUGGAACACAUCAACAAGACUCUAGGUCCUGCUCUGCUGGAAAAGAAACUAAGUGUUGUGGAUCAAGAAAAAGUUGACAAAUUUAUGAUCGAGCUGGACGGGACUGAGAAUAAGUCCAAGUUUGGGGCCAAUGCCAUCCUGGGUGUGUCCCUGGCCGUUUGUAAGGCUGGAGCAGCUGAGAAAGGGGUCCCUCUUUACCGCCACAUCGCAGAUCUUGCAGGGAAUCCUGACCUCGUGCUUCCUGUGCCUGCCUUCAAUGUGAUCAACGGGGGCUCUCAUGCUGGAAACAAGCUGGCCAUGCAGGAGUUCAUGAUUCUGCCGGUGGGAGCCAGCUCUUUCAAGGAAGCCAUGCGCAUUGGCGCUGAGGUCUACCACCACCUGAAGGGGGUCAUCAAGGCCAAGUAUGGGAAGGAUGCCACCAAUGUGGGUGACGAGGGUGGCUUUGCACCCAACAUCCUGGAGAACAAUGAGGCCCUGGAGCUGCUGAAGACAGCCAUUCAGGCAGCAGGGUACCCAGACAAGGUGGUGAUUGGCAUGGACGUGGCAGCAUCUGAAUUCUAUCGCAAUGGGAAGUAUGAUCUGGACUUCAAGUCACCUGAUGAUCCUGCGAGGCACAUCAGUGGGGAGAAGCUUGGGGAGCUGUACAAGAACUUCAUCAAGAACUAUCCUGUGGUCUCCAUUGAAGACCCCUUUGACCAGGAUGACUGGGCAACAUGGACCUCGUUCCUCUCUGGGGUGGACAUCCAGAUUGUGGGAGAUGACCUUACAGUCACCAACCCCAAGAGGAUCGCUCAGGCUGUUGAGAAGAAGGCCUGCAAUUGCCUGCUACUGAAGGUCAACCAGAUCGGCUCGGUGACGGAAUCCAUCCAGGCCUGCAAACUGGCACAGUCUAAUGGCUGGGGAGUGAUGGUGAGCCACCGCUCUGGGGAGACUGAAGACACUUUCAUUGCUGACCUUGUGGUGGGACUCUGCACAGGACAGAUCAAGACUGGUGCUCCCUGCCGUUCAGAGCGUCUGGCCAAAUACAACCAGCUUAUGAGGAUUGAAGAGGCUCUUGGGGACAAAGCUGUCUUUGCUGGACGAAAGUUCCGUAAUCCAAAGGCCAAGUGAGAAGCUGGAGACUCCAGGAUUUCACAGGACAGACACAGGCCUUCAAGCCCUUCUCCCAGAAAUAAACACUGCCAAACAAGA